CCAACAUUUGGUUGCUUAGUUCCCUUCGUGGUCGAUUGCGACAUUGGCCGUCGACUGGGUUCUUGGGGAGACGAUUCGUUCGCUUUCUUUUAUUUAAAUAUAAACCUCCUGUUGUCCUCUUUCUCUUUCUGCCAGGCUCGUGUUCCGACUUCGGUUGUCACGGACUCGUUUCGCACAACCUCUCGCAUAGACGAUUUACGAACGCAACCGCAGUUCCUUUCGCCCGACAGUCACCUCGGCGCAUUGCUAGCUUACGAGAUUACCGGAAGUAACGUGAAGUUGCGAAUUCGAAAAGACCCGCGGUUGAAGCUUGCAGCAUACGUCCUAUUGCCACCAACAAGGGGUGAAUCAGCACAAAUCCCAACGCCGACGCAACCCAUAGCGUAACCCUGCCCACAUUCAACCAUUCCGUACCCCCGGUCAUACUGUAGGCCAAUAACAAGCAGCAGCCGGAUCUGCGUUCGUGUAAAUGUCCGUCGCCUGCAUGUCGGCCAGGUAUUCUGCGAGGCCCUUUUUGGGCCAAGGCUUGAGGACCCAACUCGUGCCGUCUGCCGCCCGUGCUGGUCGGAGCUUCUCGGCAACGACCACUCGACGGAGCGGCACCCGAACCAACACCGACGGUUCAGUCAACACCGCGCAAGGAGGCUGGAGCGGAAAGUCGGUGUUGGCGGUGGCAUUAGCCACGGGGACUGUCGGAUGGGGUCUCGCCAGUUCGGUCAAAGACAAUUCCGCCAGUUCGGGCUUUCUUCCACUGGGCGGCGGGUUGCUCUCCGCGGAUGGCCAAUCUCGCCCGAUAAACUACGCCACCAUGGCCGAGAUGGAGCAGGCCCUGAAGGAAAUUCGACAGGAGCUGGGCGGCGAGGACAUCAUCUCCACAGAUCCGGAAGACUUGCACGCACACGGGUAUUCCGAAUGGUCGUCGACCAACCCUGACGGUCUGCCAGUUGCCGUCGCAUACCCCCGCUCAACGGAGCAGGUAUCGGCAAUUGCCCGGGUGUGCUUCAAGUACAACGUUCCCAUCAUCCCUUACUCGGGAGGCUCCAGUCUGGAAGGGAACUUUUCGGCGCCUUACGGGGGAAUCAGUGUCGACUUCGCCUUCAUGGACCAGAUUCUCUCGUUUAAUAAGGAUGACAUGGACAUUGUCGUACAGCCUAGCAUCGGAUGGCAGGAUUUGAACGAGAAGCUCGCCAAGAUGGAGAGCGGUCUCUUCUUCCCCAUUGACCCAGGCCCAAGUGCGAAGAUUGGCGGAAUGGUCGGUACCAACUGCUCGGGAACCAAUGCGGUUAGAUACGGCACCAUGAAAGACUGGGUAAUCAACCUCACUGUUGUGCUGGCAGACGGCACCGUGGUCAAGACGCGACGACGCCCGAGGAAGUCGUCUGCUGGCUACAAUCUCAAUAGUCUGUUUGUUGGUUCCGAAGGAACACUGGGACUCGUUACUGAAGCGACACUCAAGCUCGCGGUCGUUCCUGAAGACUUCUCGGUUGCAGUGGUGACGUUCCCGAGCAUUAGAGAUGCCGCGGCAGCAGCAGCAGAAGUGAUGCGGAACGGCAUCCCCGUGGCGGCCAUGGAAAUCAUGGACGAGGUCCAGAUGAAGGUUGUCAACAUGGGCGGUGCAACGGCCCCCCGUGUUUGGCAAGAACUUCCGACGCUGUUCUUCAAGUUCUCGGGAACUAAGGCCGGCGUUAAAGAGAAUAUUGGUCUCGUCCAGAAGAUUACCAAGGGCCACAAAGGUGGGAACUUCGAGUUCGCCAAGGACACUCUGGAGCAAAAGUUGCUGUGGUCUGCCCGUAAAGAGUCCCUGUGGUCCAUGUUGGCACUGAGAAAGGAAGGAGAAGAAGUUUGGAGUACGGAUGUUGCGGUCCCCUUCAGUCGCCUGGCUGAUCUGAUCGAGAUCAGCAAGAAGGAGAUGGACGACAUGGGCCUUUUUGCGAGCAUCCUGGGCCACAUUGGCGACGGAAAUUUCCAUGAGAGCAUCAUCUACAACCGGACGAACCCCGAAGAGCGGGAGAAGGUUGAGAAAUGCGUUCACAACAUGGUGAAGCGGGCAAUUGACAUGGAGGGAACGUGUACCGGCGAGCAUUCGAUCGGUUGGGGCAAGAAAGAGUCACUUCUCCUCGAAGUUGGCCCCGACACUCUCGACGUGAUGAGGUCGAUCAAGCGCGCGCUGGAUCCAAAGUGGAUCAUGAACCCUGGCAAGAUCAUCGACAUUCCCGAAGGCUCGAGAACGAACUUGAGCGUCUAGAUGAUGAUCUCCCCACUGCUUUGUCUAGAGUUCGACAUGGCCGACGCGACUGUGUCUUUCAUGGUAGUUGGAGCUAUGAUUUGUGUGAAGGCGCAUCAGACAGCAACUCAAAUUCCUAACCCAUGGGAAGAAGGGUACUGGAAUAUCAGUCAAAUAUGCUCACAGAAGGACGAGUACGCAAUACAUACCGGGAUAGCACUCAGGGGCGAUGCGAUUAGUGAUAGCAGAAGCAUUGGGAUACGGAAAACAAAAAACUGGAUGGAGGCUACAUGUUUUGAUUUAGUCUCAAGAAUCAUAUGGCUCAAACUGACCAGGUACCGUCUCAGCUUUAUGCCGGCAGGUUU